CGUUGAAGUUUAAAGCGUGACUUAAGUGAGCGAAAUUGUAGUGUCCUCAAGGGUAUUUUUUACCCUUCCUUUCCGAUAUAGAAAAACGCCAGCAUUCAGCUGCUGAUUGUGAGAAUAGUAAUUUUGCUCUUAUAAUUGUAAAUGUUUGGAUGUUUCUUUAACGAAUGGACGGACUGCGUCCAGCCCCCUUCUGUCAAAUGCUCCUGCUGUAUGGCUCAAGCUUUGGGACAGAAAAAGGAACCUUUAUGACUACCAUACCAUUGUAGAGAUGCCCACCAGAGUCUUGCAGACGUUUAGUAGGAUGUUUUGGGGGCGGCAUUUAUUAACUGCAGGGCUGCGGUGCUGCAGAUGUAGAAUAAGCUGUCAUUUAAAGAGGCAUUACAGCUUUCUUCCAGAUGAUGUCAAAUCACUGCGGACUGUGGUCAACCCUGAUAUAUCCAAGAUCAGGAAUAUUGGCAUUAUGGCCCACAUUGACGCAGGAAAAACAACCACCACAGAGAGGAUGCUUUACUACUCUGGUUAUACCAGAGCUUUAGGAGAUGUGGAUGACGGGGACACAGUCACAGAUUAUAUGGCUCAAGAGAGGGAGCGUGGCAUCACCAUACAGUCAGCAGCAGUCACGUUUGAUUGGAAAAGUUACCGUAUAAAUCUUAUAGACACUCCAGGGCAUGUUGACUUCACUCUAGAGGUGGAGCGAGCGCUUCGUGUUCUUGAUGGGGCUGUUGCAGUGAUUGAUGCAUCUGCUGGUGUUGAGGCUCAGACUCUGACUGUGUGGAGGCAGGCAGAGAAGCACCACGUCCCCUGUGUUUGUUUUCUAAAUAAGAUGGAUAAACCUGCAGCAGACCUAAAUUUUUCAAUUGAGAGCAUAAGACAGAAAUUGAAAGUCAACCCAGUCCUCCUGCAGAUUCCCAUGGGCAGUGGUAAGAACUUCACAGGAGUGGUUGACUUGUUAACCAAUCAGAAGCUGAAAUGGAAGCUGAGAUCUACAGAUGAUGAUGGGCGAGUGUUUGAAACCAAAGCUCUGGACCCAUCUGAUGAUCCAGAUCUCCUGGAGGCGGUCAGUGAGGCCAGGACAGCUCUAAUUGAGCAGGUUGCUGAUCUGGAUGACGAGUUUGCUGAACUGCUUCUGACCAACUUUAGUGAUAAUUUUGAUGCUGUUCCUUCCAUCAAACUACAGGAGGCUCUGAGGCGAGUAACUCUGACCCGUAAAGGUGUCCCAGUGCUCUGCGGGAGCUCUUUGAAGAACAAAGGUGUGCAGCCUCUACUAGAUGCCAUCACUGCGUACCUGCCUUCUCCCAACGAGCGACACCAUGACCUGGUGCGGUGGUACAAAGAUGACUUAUGUGCGCUGGCCUUCAAGGUUCUCCAUGACAAGCAGCGUGGUCCUCUGGUUUUCCUUAGGAUCUACUCUGGUACUCUAAAACCACAGACAGCCGUCCACAACAUUAACAGGAACAACAUGGAGAGGAUGAGCAGGUUGAUGGUGCCUUUUGCUGAUCAGCAUGUAGAAAUCUCUUCAAUGACUGCAGGAAACAUUGCAUUAACAGUCGGACUGAAGCAGACAGUGACAGGAGACACCAUCGUUUCAUCCAAGGCCUCAGCUGCAGCCGCAGCUGUUCGAGCCCAAAACGAUAGCGAGUUGGGAAAGAAGCAAGGAGAAAAUGCUCGCAUUAUCCUCUCUGGAGUGGAAGUCCCUGAUCCUGUCUUCUUCUGCACCAUAGAACCACCCACCAUGGCCAAACAGGCAGACCUUGAGAAUGCACUCAACUGCCUCCAGAGAGAAGAUCCCAGUCUGAAAGUCAGGGUGGACCCUGAUUCCGGUCAGACAGUCCUGUGUGGAAUGGGAGAGCUGCACAUUGAGAUCAUCCAUGAUCGAAUCAGAAGGGAAUACGGCAUUGAGACUCACCUGGGACCGCUGCAGGUAGCCUACAGAGAGACGAUUCUUCAGGAGGUUUCCAUUACAGACACACUGGACCGUACAGUAGGCGAACGAAGACACGUUGUGACAGUACAGCUGACCAUCAGUCCUUUGACCACUGCUUCGAGCGAAUUUGCAUUUACAGAAGAAUUACAGAAGCAUCUGUCACCAGAAAUAAAAGACGCAGUGGAGAACGGAGUGCACAGCUCAUAUCUUCAAGGUCCUCUGCUGAGUUACCCUGUACAGAGCGUAUCCACACUGAUUCAGAGUGUUACUAUGGAACCGGGGACGUCCCCUACCAUGGUGUCAGCCUGCGUGUCCCGCUGCAUACUGAAGGCCCUGAAGCUGGCAGGAGGGCAGGUCCUGGAGCCAGUCAUGUCACUGGAGGUAACGGUUGAAGAGGAGCACCUCAGCUCCGUGCUGGCAGACUUAGGCCAAAGGCGGGGAAUGGUCAGAGACAUCCAGAGUCGUCAUGACAACAAGGUGCUCCUAGCAACCGUACCUCUGGCAGAAAUGAUGGGUUAUUCCACCGUUCUGCGAACUGUGACAUCAGGAAAUGCCACAUUCUCACUGGAGCUGGAUACCUACCAGGCCAUGAACUCUCAGGACCAGAACACACUGCUAAAAAGAAUGGCAGGUUUGCUAUGAUGGGACAAAAAAAAAAAAAACUUCUGAAAGGCACAUUUCCAGGACUCACAGUUACUAUCAUACCACUGAUUAGUAUUCUGGGGGGAAGAAAUUACUUAUAAAGCAGUAGAUUUUCUCACUAUAAAACAUUGCAAAUACUGUACAUUAUACUUAGUGGGAUGCAAAAUAAAUAUGCAGCCAAUUACUUUA